AUGAAUAGCAACACAACUUAUGUCAUUACUGGAGUCAAUCGAGGUCUAGGCUUAGGCCUCCUUAAAGCACUCGUUGUGCGUCCUUAUACUACAGUUAUUGGUACAGUUCGCAGUGAAGCAGCUGCGACAGGCCUGAAAGCUCACAAUAUCUCUAUCGGCGUCGGCAGCCAUUUAUAUAUCGCGAUCAUUGAUCUAUCCACCGCUCCAUCGCCAAUAGCUAUCAAAGAUGCUGUAAAUUCCGCCGUUGGAAAUUCACUGGACCACGUUGACGUACUCAUAAACAAUGCUGGGGUUUGUCCUCGAAUGACAUUGGCGGCAGAGACUACUGCAGAAGAUCUUCGCAUUGUUUUUGAAACAAAUACAAUCGCUCCCCUGAUGGUGUUUCAGGCUUUAUGGCCAUUAAUGAGGAGGUCCAAGUCAGAGCCAAAGCUCAUAAUGAUGUCUUCGUCGGUGGGAAGCAUCGGGCAGAGCGAGCUUUUGCCUGGGGGUGCUUAUGGUGCCAGCAAGGCUGCACUCAAUUGGAUCACGCGAUCUCUGCACUUGCAAACUGAACGAGAAGGUCUUGUUGCUGUUGCACUGCACCCUGGCUGGGUCCAAACACGUGCCGGCAGUUUCGUCGCUGAGCAAUGGGGAUAUGCCUCUGGUCCGCCAGACACACUAGAAAGUAGUGUUAGGGAUAUCUUGGGAACAAUCGAUGAAGCGACGAGAACAGACCUGGGAGGAAAGUUCAUAACGCAAACAAGAAGACACAUCGAUUGGUAA